AUGGACAGGAUAGUGCGACAGUUAUCGCUCACUUUGAUAGUGAGCAUAAGUAUCGUUCACUGCGAGCCUCCGUUGAGUACUCAGUACGGUGUCCCAGGAAACUAUGCUGGCAACAAUAACAAUCAUGGAACGCCUGGCAGUGGAAAUGGCUUCGGUAAUCACGGUAAUCAUCAUUACGACAAUGGGAAUGACAAUGACUACGUUGACCAACCGAUGUCCUACGAAUUCGGUUACGCGGUGAAGGACCAAGCGACCGGAAACGAUUUCGGCAGACGGGAGAGCAGCGACGGCGAGACAGUGCGAGGGGAGUACAGAGUGCAACUACCGGACGGCAGGACGCAAAUAGUGACUUACACCGCGGAUUGGAGGACAGGUUUCCACGCGGAUGUCAGGUACGAGGGUACCGCGACCUACCCCGACCAAUACAACACGCAGAACAAUGGUUACAAUAACAAUAACCAAGGUGGACAAGGGUUUGGUUAUCAAGGGAACAAUGGUGGCGCAGGGUACAACUCAGGAAGCGACGGAGGAUACAACUACCAAUCCCCGAACAGUAACUACAACAACGGUAACAACUAUCAAUUUGGUUCCACUGCUCUGGACAACAGCUACAACAACUUUGGCGCACGCAGCGGUUACAAUCCUAGGGUUCCAUCGCCCACGUAUGGCCCCGCCUUCCACUGA